GCGCGCAUCAGUGAUCAUCAUACCACGUGAAUCGCCACCAAAGAGACGUUCUUGCGCUCUCGCGGUCUUCUACAACUCUCACCACACCAUCGACCCACUAUAAGGGCUCCCUGAACUUUCUUCUGGCGAGGAUACUGGUUGACCCAGUCUUCAAGAUGUCCGUCGACUUCCCUGCCUCAGAGUCCCGGGUCCAGUCCCCGCCUCCUCCUCCGCCGAAUGGCAGGUUCCCCAUGCCCUUCAGGCGCAUAUCUCUGCCCUCCGCACCUUCCUUGCUGCACAGACACUCUGUCGUAUCUAUUGCCUCGUUUGACUCGCUCCCGGAGGAAGAGAGCGGCAACCCACCGGCUGUUGUUACGCCUCGCGCCGUGAGACAUCGCAGCCGACAGCGACCGGGGUCAAUUGACUUGGCAAGGAAGAAAAAUAGGCGGAGCACCAGUCGUCCAGUGGACGAGACGCGCCUGGCGAAGCGGCGCAAGAUAAUCGAGGAAUUGUACGAGACGGAGCGUUCGUAUGUGAACGGCUUGGAUCUCAUCUACUCGCACUUCCUCACACCCAUAGUCGAGUCACUGGAUACCCCAAAUCCCCUCCUCGACCGAGGCGCAUUGACCAGCAUCUUCUCCAACUUCAUCGACAUCUGGAAUUUACACCGUUCCUUCUUCUCUUCCCUCACUGUCCAUCUAUACCCAGGACAAUCCCCGGACCAUGACCUAAUGUUGGCACACGAUCCCCCGUCUCUAUCCCCUGUUCUACUCUCUCACUUCCCAUACCUCUCCCUCUACACACCCUUCGUCACCGCGUUUUCGUCCACGAUCUCCUCCCUCCAAUCCCUGACCGCAAUCCCCACGUCGUACCGCCCGAACCCGAGUUACAACUACGACUUCCAUAAGUUCGUCGCGACGCAGGAAGCCGACCCGCGCUGUGGCAAGCUCAAGCUCACCGACUGGCUGCUCACCAUCGUGCAGCGCUGCCCGCGCUACCUCCUCCUCCUCAAGGACCUCAUCACCUGCACGGACGACGAUACAGAACGGGCCCAGCUCGACUCUGCAUAUGCAUUAGUCUCGAAGAUCACGCUAUCACUUAACGCGUCGCUCCAUACGCACUCGCAGACCCUCGCGCUGCUAGCCCUCCAGCGUUCGACCGCGAAUCUUCCGUUCCAGCUCAUCAGCCCAGGCCGCACGUUUAUAAAGCGCGGCCCGUUGUACCAGAUCGAGCGCGGGGAGCAGCCGAAGGAGCGCGAGUUCUUGCUGUUCUCAGAUUGCCUCCUCUGGCUUGCCUCUGAGGAGUCCGAGCACCGGAAUUGGGGUCUAGGGGCAUACUUGGGCAACAACGGCAGCACCGACUACCUAAACGCGCGCCCACCGAUGAUACGCACGCGCAGCAAGAGCGACGCGGACAUCUCGCGACUGCAGGCGCGCGCAGCAGCAGAGAGCGUCGAGGGCAACGGAGCCUCACGCCCAUCGGGCACCCCCAAAGCCCAACGCAGCCUCAUCCCGCCACCCUCCUCGCGCAUCAAACGGCACAGCAGCCAAGCCAAUGCCGGCGAGGAGCGGUGGACCUACAAAGGCCGCGCCUCCCUCGUCGACCUCGAGGUCAUCGUCAGCCCCGCGCGCGAGCCCGGCGAGGAGCGCCGCCUCGAGGUCCUCAGCCCCGAGGGCAGCUUCGUGCUCUUCGCGGACACGGAGGGCGAGCGCGACGAGUGGGCGGGCGCGAUCCGGCAGGCGAAGGCGCAGCUGCUGGUCUCGCUGAAUGUGACGCACCCGAAUUCGACGCUGACGUCGUCGGCGUCGACGAAUCAUUUGAGGAGGACAUUGCAGGCGCUGCCGUAUGCGCCGGAGGAUGUGAGGAUGGAGGAGGAGGGGGGUGCGGGUGGGAGUGGGAGUGGGAAGAAAUCGAAGAAGGGGAAAGGAGAGGGGAAGAAGCGGGGCGCGCAAGAGAGGAGGGGCAAAGUUGAGCAUUGGGUGCCGGCGAUCUGGAUUCCGGAUGAGAAGACGGAGGGGUGUAUGAGAUGUGGGAGGUCGUUCGGGUGGCGAAGACGGAGACACCAUUGUCGGUUGUGUGGGCGUUGCGUGUGCAGUGCGUGCUCGGAGAGGACGUUCUUCAUCGCGGACGUCAAUCCAGAUACGGCAUCUAGCAAACCCGCUCGAGCUUGCAAUGCGUGCUACGAGACCGUGUUCCCGCUCCUGGACCCGCCAAGCGAUGAAGAGACGGGCGAAGGCUCAAGUUUGGCAGCGAACACCGGCACCCUAGGCAUGGGCACCCUCUCCUCCCUCACCAACCUCCCAUCCUGGAUGUCCACCCCCAUCCUCCCCCUCGCCCCCGCCUCGGCCCCGGACGCCCUCAUGGCCAUCGACCGCGAGCCCGCCACCCCGCGCCGCGCCCGCCGCUCCGUCGCCUCCAUCUCGGAGGACGUCGUCGACCUGUCCUCGUCUCCAACCGCCGAGGGCGGGGCGCUCCGCCGGCGCUCCUUCCAAAGGCCACGCUCGUACCACCAGAUCCUUGAGGACUUCGAUGCGGCGGCGCAGGGGCACGAUGUCGCGAGGGAUGUUGUGAUGGAGGAGGAGCAGGGCGGGGAGGCGGAGGCAGAGGCGGACCCGACGGCGAUGCGGAGGGAGGAUACGGCGAGGAGGCAUAAGCGGUUCUCGCUACCGGCCGUCGCCCUGCAUACGACGAGCGUGACCGCAAGGACGACGGAGUUGAAGGAUAGCGGGAAGAGCGGGCCUAGUGGAGUGCGGGGCAAGCGGUUCUCGCUCGUGCUGAGUGGGCGGCACGGGAAGAGUGCGGGGGCGAGUGGGAGGAAGGGCGACUCGCCGGCGGAAGACGAGGCGGAGGCGAAUGGGGAGCUGGCGCGGGGCGUGGCGGCGGGGAAGUUGAGCGAGCUGCUGGGGAGGCAUCGCGCGUCGAUGGAUGCGUUGCGAUGAGAUGUGGACUUUGCAUUUGGCAUAUCUGGAUAAUUAUGGACAUGAAGCAAUGCUUGUAAGUACUUAGACAUGACCUGUAACGACGCUGUUGUACGACUACGAUUGAAAAGAGCACGAUGAUUGAGAUUAGUUGAGAGCAGGAUACAGACGACGC